AUCAAUCUAUUCAGACGUGUGAGUGUAUGUUUUGUGUUCAUAUGGUGAUCAGUGCUUUUGAUCACCUUUUUUUCUGUCUAAAUUUUAUCCCUUGAUUUUUCAGUUGCCAAUUCUCGAACAAUGUUCAAUAUAUGGCUGUUGCUUCUAAUAACAAUCGGAUCUUCUAUAGCAGAUCCGAUUCCGUUGACAUCCGAUGUAAAAGAUUAUGCUGAAAAGUCAAUAGUUCCGGUCGUUUCAUCUAAUUUACAACAAGAAUCGAUUAUCGUUGAUCAACCGGAAAAACAGCCACGAACGGCAGCAGCAGCAUCAGCUGCUGCAUCAGCAGCUUCUAUUGUAUCGUUAGCCAAUAUUACAUUUAGUCCAGGUCCAAACUCAUGUCCACCAUCACAUCUUUUUGCACCAUGUGAUUGUUUUGUUCAUGAAGAACGAGCACGUAUCAUGCGUUGCAUGGGCGAAUAUAAUAUUGAUUUGAAUUCAAUUUUUCAACGAUUAUCAAUAUAUUUACCAAAGCCAGAAAAACAUUUUCAUAUGUUUUAUCUAAAUAAUACAAACAUUUCCUAUUUGGGCAAUGUACUUCAUGAUAUUACAUUCGAAUACAUAUAUUUUGAUGGUGCAUCAGCCUUAGAAUUCAUCGAUCCCAAUGCAUUCGAUAUAACGGGACCGUAUGUCAAAGAAGUUCGGGCUUUCAGUACAAAAUUGAAACAAAAAUCUCUUGAAGAUUCAUUGAUGGGUCUUUCCAGUCUACUGCAUUUGACUGUAUCAAAUGUUGGUAAAUGCCCACCGGAAGAAGUUACUAGACCUUGCCGUUGUGAAUAUCGUAUGGACAAUUGGCAAUGGGUGCAGGCAAGAUUUACACGAUUCGUUUGUGGAGAAGAAUCGGAAGAAGAUCUUCGAAUGCAAUAUGUUCUCAAUGCUAAUCGUACACGUGAACAGUUUGCUUAUUCACAAACGCGACGAUUACAGAUUUAUUUUGAACGUUUAAGUGAAAAUCUUGCUAAACUUGGCUGGCAAAAACGUUUUGAUGAAUUUGUUAUUCAAAAUUCAGCUAUUUCGGAAAUUCCUCGUAAUCUCUUUGGUGAUAUCAUUUUCUAUGGAGUUAAAUUUGAUAAUUGUCCAGAAUUGACGGCCAUUCACCCGCAAGCAUUUCAAAUAACAGAACCAUUUAUUGAAGAAUUGACCAUACGUCGUACACGUUUGGGCAAUGAAAGAUGGAAAUUGCGUGAUACUUUUAACGCUAUUACCAGUUUAACUAAUCUUCGUGCACUUUAUCUUCAAAGUUCCGGAUUAAAUGCUAUACCACAUCACGCUUUUCGACCGUUGAAAGGACGAUUCCAAAGAAAAUUGGUAAAAAUUUCCAUCAAUUAUCCGAAUGUUCGUGAAAAUUCCAUUCGUCAAAUCGGAAGCUAUGCAUUCUAUUAUCUAUCUAAUUUACGAUCAAUAGAUUUGUCCGUAAACUCUAUUGAAAAAAUAUAUAAAAAUGCCUUCUCUUUCCGUUGGGAAUCCACUGAAAUGUUGACAAUAAAUUUAGCCGGAAAUAAUCUUACGGAUAAUAACAUUGAAUCAGGUGCAUUUGUUGAACUACAGCGGCCUGUGAAGUUAAUUUUAGGACAAAAAGAACUUGGUAAUCCUGGACUUCGACAUCUUGAAGAACGUGUCUUCCGGCCAUUAUUGAAUGAAAAUGAAAAGAAUAUAAUUACAUUAAGUUCAUCGGAACAUCCAUCAAACGGUAAUCGUCUACAAUGUGAUUGUCAAUCACGAUGGAUUUUUAAUGAAAUCGGCAAAGUUCGUAAUGGUCUACGUGAUGUUAUGUGUAUCAGUAAUGGUAGUUGGGAAUGUUUACCACCAUGUCUUGUAUUUGGCCAAGAUCUACUUCAUUGUGGUUCUAAUCAAUAUUUCAAUAUUGAAGAUGUAUUCUAUUCAUUAAAUCGUAAUCUGCAGCCUGAAGAAAAACAUUUUAAACGAUUCAUGUUAUCCAAUUUACAAAUUGAAUCAAUACCAAACAAAAGUUUUGGUGAUAUCACAUUUGAAACAUUCGAACUGGAUGAUUGUCCUAAUCUCAAAUACAUUGAUGAAAGGGCAUUUUCAAUGACAAAACAAAAUUUAACCAAAAUUGUCAUCAGAAAUACACCGCAAUUGCCGGAAAUGCGUUUCUCAUCAUUUCAAAAUCUAAACGAAUUGGCCAUUCGAUUUGUCGGCAAAUAUCGUUUGACAGACGAGUCAUUCAAAUCAGAUCUCCCAACAGAAACAUUACUUCGUCUUCGAAUCGACGUUGAUGGCCUAUUACCAUCAUCAAUCGAAUCAAAUGCACUAAGCUAUGCUUAUCGACCCAUUAAUGUCAUGCUGGAACAUCCUGAGAAUAUCGGCAAACAAGAAUGUAAACUAUUAACAUUGGAAGAGGAAAUUUAUGCACCAUUUUUGGCUGUCAACCCGGAAAACAAAAUUCGUAUCAAUAAUUGCCCAAUCGUUUGUGAUUGCUCAAUUAAAUGGCUUUUUGAUGCACCAAAAGAUUGGUGGAUGCGUGUUGAAGCUGGCGAACCAAACAUAGGCCUACAAUGUGAUGAUUCACGUUCAUUAUAUUUUUAUUCGGAUUAUGAUUUUCGUUCAUGUCCUAAAACAAAUCUGUUGAAAUAUUUUAUUCCGGAUUCUGAUAGUAAAACUACAGUUGAAAAACCCGCAACCUCAUCUAUCGUAAGUCCGGUACCAUCUUCAUCAUCAUCAUCCAAAUCGGAUUCAGAAGCAAUAUCAGCUUCAUAUGCAUCAAGCGAUACGAUUGCCAUUACUGGUGCCACAACAGGUGAGGAUAAGAUGAGAAUCGAAGAUCAAAUUCCAAUCGAAUCGAAACAACAGCCAACACAAUCCAUUGCUGAUGUUAGCGAAUCAAAAACACCGGUGGCUGACAAUGUACCUGAAUCGAAAAAUGAGCCGAUGAUUAAUGCCGGUGAAGAACAUCCAUCAUCAGCCACAAGUGGUGUUGUCAUUAAACUAACUGAUGUUUCGGGAGCAAAUGACCCAUCAUCAUCGAUGAUGGCCUCAAACGAACCAAUUGUUGCUGUUCAAACGGCUGAGUCAUCCUCAAUCGCCAAAAAUAUUUAAUCCAAUAGAAAUUCC